UAUCAAAACAAAAGAAACGAAAAUUAAGUUACGUUUAUUUACUCAAAUGUUUUGUAGAGAAGUAAAAAAUCUGGAAAGGCCUUCUAGCAGUAGCCGGAAUAUACAAAAUCAUCAUCAAGUGACACAUUCUAUGCCACCUGAAAAGAUUGAGAUAUUCAAAUCUUUAGAGAAAUGGGCAGAAAGUAAUAUUUUGACCCAUUUGAAGCCUGUUGAGAAAUGUUGGCAACCUCAAGAUUUUCUUCCUGAUCCAACUUCAGAUGGUUUCUAUGAAGAGCUUAAGGAGAUGAGAGCGAGGACGAAUGCGAUUCCUGAUGAUUAUUAUGCAGUUUUGGUAGGAGAUAUGAUCACAGAAGAAGCUCUUCCAACAUACCAAUCAAUGCUUAACAAUUUUGAUGGAGUCACAGAUGAAACGGGUGUGAAUUCGUCUUCAUGGGCAACUUGGACAAGAGCAUGGACUGCUGAAGAGAAUAGACAUGGUGAUCUUCUUAACAAGUACCUUUAUCUCUCUGGUCGUGUAGACAUGAAAGCCAUUGAGAGAACUAUCCAGUAUUUGAUUGGUUCUGGAAUGUAUGUUGGGCUUGAGAACAAUCCUUACAAUGGUUUCAUAUACACUACAUUUCAAGAAAGAGCAACCUUUAUCUCCCAUGCCAACACAGCAAAGCUAGCCAAAAAACAUGGUGAUCUCAAGUUAGCACAAAUUUGUGGUAUUAUUGCUUCUGAUGAGAAACGCCAUGAAAAUGCUUACGCCAAAAUAGUUGAGAAGCUCUUCGAAAUCGACCCUGAUGCAACCAUCCUUGCUUUCGCGGACAUGAUGAGGAAGAAGAUUACAAUGCCUGCCCAUUUCAUGUACGACGGCCGUGAUGACAAUUUGUUUGAUCAUUUUUCUGCUGUUGCUCAAAGGCUUGGAAUUUACACUAUCGCCGAUUACAUCGACGUUAUGGAGUAUUUGGUGCGCCGUUGGAAGGUUGAGAAGCUUACUGGCUUGUCGCCGGAGGGGCAAAAGGCUCAGGAUUAUGUGUGCGCUUUACCCCUAAGAUUUAGAAGAUUGGAGGAAAGGAAUCAAAAGAGGUCCAAACAAGCAACUUCUGUUUCUCUUAGUUGGAUCUUUGAUAGACAAGUCAUGCUUUAAGUUCUUAUCGCUGUUUGGUAGAAGAUAAUGAAUAUUGAA